AUGAACAAGCUGCUCGUUGUCACCGUGCUCAUUGCAGUCUUUGCUUUGGGUGUGGAGAGCUUCCAUGUGCGCAGACAGACUGACGAGGAGGAGGAAAGCGGACGAGUAGCCCAAUUGAUCGGCAAACUGAAGAACUAUUAUGAUUACAGCGUGAAGACCAUCAAGGAUCUCGAGCUGGAUCGGAAAGUUAAGAACUUCUAUGAAGAGACAAAAGGAGCUGUGCACACCUAUGUAGACAUCGUGCAGGAUCAGUUUUACCACAUGAUCUACUCCUCGGAGAGUGCUUAA